CGGCAAUUACUCGAUUCCAACAUCGUCUUUUUCCUGUUUGGACUCGACGGCUACAGCGAACCUCAUUGGCUCUUCCUAUCUGUUUCGGUUUCAUAGUCGUGACUCAGAUGGCGGCCUUCGCCUCCUCCCUCUUCGUUUUCCCCCCAACGAUUUGCGUCGCGAUCCGAUCGUGAAUAGCAGCGCGCACGAGAGAGAGAGAGAGAGAAUGUGGUCGUGAGGUGCGAUGGCAGUCGGCGAGCAACGCGGUGCGGGCGCCGCCGUCUUGGAGGAGAAGACGGCCACGGCGGAGGAGGAUGAAGGAGAGGGAGGGGGGAAGAGAGAGGGCGACGCUGCUCCUCCCGCGGAGGAGAAUCGCGAUUGCGUUGUUGUGGACGUGGCGGGAUCAGCAGAUGGAGCGGCGGAUGGUGGGAACGAUCGGGACGCGGAGACGCCCUGUCGGAUCUGCCAGUUGCGCCCGGAUCGGGGGCAGGAAGUCUCCUUGCAGGUCCUGCUCGGGUGCUGGUGCAACGACGGCGAAGAACGCGGUGAGGCGGAUCCUGAAGUCGCCCGCCCGCCGGAGGAAGCCGCCGUUGUAGUGGCCUUGGAGGAGAGGGUAGCGGUGGAGAUGGGCGCCGCCUUCGUGGUCGUCGACGUGGCCGGAUCAGCCGAUGGAGCGGCGGACGGGAGCGACUGGGACACGGCGAUGGCCUGCCGGAUCUGUCAUUUGAGUCCGGAUCGGUUUGAGGAAGGCUCCGAGCUGUUCCAGCUCGGAUGCGGUUGCAAGGGCGAGCUCGGUGUCGCGCACCGCCACUGCGCCGAGGCCUGGUUCAAGGUGAAGGGCAACAGGUAUUGCGAGAUUUGCGGUGAAAAUGCAAAGAACGUCACCGGCGAGGACGAUAGCAAAUUCAUGAACGAGUGGUACGAGAGGGGAGACUCGAGCAACCGAAAUGUGUCGGAGCGGUGCAGUUGCUGGAGGCACCAACCUUUCUGUAAUUUCCUAAUGGCUUGCUUGGUAAUAGCAUUCAUGCUCCCAUGGUUUCUCCGGGUAAAUAUGUUCUGACAUGUCGUCUGUUCUGCCACUCCUGUGGUCAUGGAGAAUAAAUAAUAGGCCGAGCUAUGGCUCCCUGUAAAUAGAAAAUAACACAGUAUAAAUUACGUGAACUAACUGUUGAUGCAUAUGUUCUAUCCCUUUGUAGAGAUCUCUUGCCAACAUAUAAUUUGGUUCUAAUCCAUAGCUGCAUAUGUAAGUUCGAUGUCAGAGUGGAAAUCUAUUGUGUUCUAUAUUUGUUUUCCUUUCUACAGUGCUUUGGUUGAAUUUUACGAGAUAGAUAAUAACAUCAUUUAAAUGGAUACGAGUUCAAAUGAAAUAUAAUGUGAAGUUUUUGGUCCUCUGCCUGCCUUCUCCAGUCUCCAACAUGGAUGCUUUCCAACUCCUUUCUCCCUCCUUUUCUUGGCCAUGGAGGAAAGAAGACUUCGAACGCGGGCAUCAGUCAUGCCUUUCUUGUAAGCAUCUCCCACUUGCUCCUUAAGAGUUCCAACAGGAACCUUUCUCCUUCUCCAUCCAUAACUCCGAUCGCUAGCACGGUGAAGAGCAAGAUGCGCAUUCUCGUGACCAUGGCGAAGCUUGUCGACACAUUGAUCGGCCCGGCGGUGAUGCUGCUUUAUCCUCUGUACUCGUCGAUGCGGGCGAUCGAGAGCCCUUCGCCUGUCGAUGACCAGCAAUGGCUGACCUAUUGGGUGCUCUACUCGUUCAUCACCCUCUUCGAGCUCUCCUGCUGGAGAGUGUUGCAGUGGUUUCCUCUGUGGCCGUACCUGAAGCUGGUGUUCUGCGUCUGGUUGGUGCUUCCUUUCUUCAACGGCGCCGCUUACAUCUACGAGAACCACGUCCGGAGGUACGUCAGAAUCGGCACCGGCGUCGGCUCGACCUACUCGGGGCUGCAGAGGCGAGUCAUGCAGAUGGUGAGCCUCGACGCGAGGAGAUCGAUAGAACAAUUCCUAGACGGACAUGGCGCAGAAGCUCUCGAGAAAGUCGUCAGAGCAGCGGAGAAGGAAGCGAGGAGUCGGUCAAGGAAGUGAAGAAGACGGUGGCUGAAGAUGGCACUGAAAGAUUCAAGAGGAGUUCUCAUGUAUGUGGCCAUAAUGUUGUUCUUGGUGAAAGGAUCCAAGAUGAGAGAAACUGUUUUGUGUCACUGGUGGAUUUAAUUGAAAUGAAAGAAAAAGGAUGGGUAUUGAUUAUUAUACCAUCAUAUUACUAUCAA